AUGAAAAAAAAUUGUGAAGGGUAAAACCAAUAACUUAAUCCAGAGUUGUAUUCUGCUCCCUAGAAAUUAAAAGAGGAAGUGAUAAAUCCAAUUAUAAAAGACAAAAAAGAUAAGAGAGGGUUGAAGAUAAAAAUAAAUGAAAUGGCAAUGAGGAAUGAGGAUUACAGUGAAUUAAGCGUUUAGUUGGAAGAAAAAAGAAAGAAUAUCAAAAAUAAAUACAAUGAAUUCUAAAUAAGAAUGAAAGAAGUAUUGUAGAGGUUGCUCUAUUAUAAAAACAAAAAUUUUAUGAGAUUAAACCAGAACUACUAUGGGAAGAAUAAAAAAAUAAUUAAGAGCUUAGAAUAGUUGGUUAAAGACCUAGGGUUGAAUAUAAAAGAACUUGGACUGUUGGAAAAGGAUAUUGUAAUAUAUAAGAAGGAGGAUAUUGAGAAUAACUUCUCUAUUUAUUUGCCUUAGAAGCGAAAUGCUGAUCAUGAAAGAGAGAAAAAUAAUCAGAAGAUAUCCAGAGAGGAUGAUCAAACGGAGGACAAUCAAACGGAGGACAAUCAAUAAGUAGAUAAUUAAAAAAAGAAUAAUAAUAAAACUGAAGAAGAGUAGAAUUAAAUAUAGCAAAGACCUCCAUUACCUCCAAAUGUUAUCAAUCAAGUAAUAAUUGAGAGAGAAUGUGAAAAGGAAUUAACAAUUUCAAUUAUAUUCGAGAAACCAGAGGACUAUGGCUAUGAGAUAAUAAAAUAUGCCAUCUAUUAGUUGGAUAUGAAUGAUAUGUCAUUGUCAUUGUAACCAAGUAAAAGAGUACUGUUAGAAUUCGAUAACAAUAAAGAGAAUGUUUAGAGAAAGAGUCUAGUUUUUAAAAAUAAUCCAAAGGGUGAAGGAGAGUUAGCAUUCAAUGAGAUGAUCUAUCUUUCAGUAGAAGCACUGAAUUGCAAUGGAUGGUCUUCAGAUUUGGAGUUGUUACCAGUCAAAAUCUUUCUCAAAUCCUUUCAGGCAAGUUCUCUAUUUGUAAAUGGAGUAAUUAAUACAAAAUUAUUUAAUGAAGAUUAAUCCUUUAUUGAAAUAAUAGACAUUCCAAAAAAGAUUGAAAUAGAUUAAUAGUCCUAUUACAUGAUCGAAGACUUUAGUUUAGUAUUAAUUGAGGAAAACAGAAUCAAAAUGGUUAGCACUAAAUACGGGUAAGUCUAUUUCUAAUAUCUAGAACUGUGGGAAUGGUAAAUACCUCAUUUGAAGUGUCUUAAUUCGGAAAAAUACUCAAUUUUGAAGACACUUCAAUUACUUCAAGUGAGGUAGUGGAUCCAAAAAAAGAUUUUGAUAUCUCGACUCCAUAUUAAAUAUUUACAUUACGAGCUGUAAGUAAAAUAAGUUGUGGUUUGUAUCAUUCAUUAGCUGUGACUGUAGAUGGGAGUGUAUUGUCUUGGGGAUAUAAUAAUUAUGGAUAAUUAGGAAAUGGUAAUUUAUAUGUUAUAUGUAGUUCUUUAGGGACAAAUACAAGUACAAUGGAUAUAUAGGAAGUCAUGUUUUUUAGAAAUAAUAAUUUAUAUGUUGUUGAUAUCUCAGCAGGUGAAGGAAUUUCAAUUUGCAGAACUGAUUUAGGAGAUGUGUUUACCUGGGGAUAUAAAUAAAAUUUUGAGAGUAACGGAAUGAUCAAAGUAUUGAAUUCCUAUAAAGAAACAAUAAAUUUAUAAUGCUCUAGUCCAACUAAUUGUUAACUAAUUCCUCGCAAGAUUAAUUUAAAGGCUAAAGCCAUUUCAACUGGGUAUUCAUGUUUUGGAGCAGUCUCAUUGGAAGAUAAAAUCUAUAUGUGGGGUAGUAAUGACUAUGGUGUUUUUGGAUUUGAUCAAUGUCCAGAAUUAGAUGAUCAAUAUAUUUUUCAUCUUCUUGAACCUAUGAGAAUAAAUAUAGAAAAUUACCUUGUUAAGUAAGAAUUCAAAAUUAAUCUAGAGACUUCUAAAUAGGAGCGUAUCAUUGCAUAGCCAGAGUCUAAGGAAAAGACAAGAAUUAUGAAGAGUACAUUUCUUGGGGCAAUAAUGCUUAUUAGUAGUGUGGAUAAUCAUAACAAUUUCAAUUCUCAACAGUAAAAGGGGAUAAAUAUUGUAAGAAAAACAUUAUGGAGUAUUUAAUAUGAUUUACUUAGUCUCUUGCCUAAUUAGAAGUAUAAAUCCUAUAGUUGUGGUUACAAUAACUCAGUAUUUUUGUCAAAUGAAAAUAUGAUUAUUUAAUUUUAGAAUGGUGAGAUGACUUAGAAGAAAUGCAACGUUUUUGGACAUGUAAACAUGAAUGAUUAUAAAAUAUUAGUAAUUGUUUGCAGGAGAUCUAAUGACUAUACUAUUGGGGUCGGAGUGAGCG